GAACUAGUAAUUACAUGCUGAAAGAAACUGAUGUGUUUACAAAACCUAGAUUUAGAACUAAAAUUAAGGAGUAGAAUAUAUCUGUAAAUUGUGUUAAAUUAUGGAAUAACCUUAAAAGGGAAAUUUAAAAAAACUGUCAUUUAAUAUAUUCAAAAAAUGUACCAAACUGAGUGUACUAAAUCAGCUAAAGCGACUAACUGCUGCUGCUGAAAUCUCACCAGGCUGUGGAAGCUUUCUCCUCCUCCUCGAAAGGGAGAGCUGUUCACCCUCCAGACCGGUAGGUGGCGGUAAUGCACCUCACGUUGUUACCCAUGUGGUAGCAGGCAGCAGCUGCAAACCUUCACCAGGCUGUGGAAACUUUCUUCCCCUCCUCAACAACUUGGUGCGAGUUCUUUCCAGAACCAGAGAAGAUAUUCUGCGGUCUGCCUGACAGUCGGAGCUCCAAAAGCAGCUGUUAGCUAAACACGGCUAAAGAAAACCUGCUCCCACUUCAGGAUCAUCCAUCAGCUGGGACUGAUUCAUCGUGUUUACUUCACCAUCUGGAUCUGGACAGCAUGGAUACAGAUGUUCACCAGAGGGUUAAAGAAGAAGCUCCUGAAGAUCAGAGUGCUGGUGUGGACCAGCAGGACCCAGAAAUGUUCCACAUAAAGGAGGAACAGAAGGAACUCUGGACCAGUCUGGAAGGAGAGCAGCUCCACUUGAAGGAGGAGACUGGUCCUGCCAAGUUUCCAUUCACAUCAGUUUCUAUAAAAAGUGAGGAUGAUGAAGACAAACCUCUGCUCUCACAGCUUUCUUAUCAGCAGCAAAUGGAAGACAGAGAUGUUCCAACCAGCAGUUCAGCUGACCAGACAACAGCAGAAACUGGUAGAGGAGCAGAAUCUAUCAGGAACCCAGUUCUGAACCCUAAUGAACAGAUAUCUGAUUCUUCAGAGACUGAAGUUAGUGGAGAUGAUGUGAAUCUAAACGUUGAGUUAUUAGACUCUGGGCCUAAAGAGGUUCUCCACAAGUGGUCUCUCCAGAGACGUGUGACAGUGACGAGUCAUUCAGCAAUAAGAUCUUCAGAAUGUGUGGUUAAUAAGAAAAAUGUGACGCAACAUGAGGACUCAUGCAGGAAAGUCCAGAAAAAAACAAAAUCGUUUAGUUGUGACUUUUGUGGAAAAAAAUUUAGUCAUAAGAAAAGUUUUAACAAUCACAUGAGAGUCCACACAGGACAGAAACCCUUUGCGUGUGAGCUGUGUGAACAAAGAUUUAGUCAUUGGUCAAAUUUAAACAGUCACACGAGAGUCCACACAGGACAGAAACCUUUUGCGUGUGAGCUCUGUGGAAAAAGCUUUAGUCACAGGUCAAAUUUCAACAGACACAUGAGAGUCCACACAGGACAGAAACCCUUUGCGUGUGAGCUCUGUGAACAAAGAUUUAGUCAUGGGUCAACUUUAAACAAUCACAUGAGAGUCCAUACAGGAGAAAAACCCUUUGCAUGUGAGCUUUGUGAACAAAGAUUUAGGCAUGGGUCAAAUUUAACUAGUCACAUGAGAGUCCACACAGGACAGAAACCCUUUGCAUGUGAGCGCUGUGGAAAAACCUUUAAUCACAGGUCAAAUUUAAACAGACACAUGAGAGUUCACACAGGAGAGAAGCCUUUUGCACAUGAGCUCUCUGACCAAAUAUUUAGUCAUGGGUCAACUUUAAACAAUCACGAGAGUCCACAUGGUACAGAAACAUUUUGCCCGUGAGCUCUGUGGGAAAAGCUUUAAUCAAAAGACAACAUUAAACAGUUAAAUGAGAGUCCACACAGGCCAGAAACCUUUUGCUUGUUGGCUAAGUGGACAAAGAUUUAGCUAUAGUCGCAUGAGAGUCCACGAAGAACACAACAAAUGUAUUUAAAGGCUCUUAAAGUUUUAAUGUAUUUUACUGUCUUAAAUGUUCUUUUUAAUAAUCAUGUUUUAAAGUACCGUAUUUUCCGGACUAUUAAGUCACACUUUUUUUCAUAGUCUGCCUGGUCCUGCGACUUAUAUACCAAAGUGACUUAAAUACCAAAUUAUGUAUACCGCGCUGCUGCGGGCCGGCUUCAGACCAGGAAUGAGCUCCCCUGCCCCGCCAUCACCUGCUGGAGACCGUUGCGCGCUGCUGCGGGCCAGCUCCGGUCCAGGUUUCAGCUCCUCUGCCCCGCUGGGAGAAUUUCAAACACCGUCAUCACCUGCUGCAGCCUGUGGCGGGGUGCUGCAUGACGCUCUCCCCGCCUGCUGGGAGGGUUUGAAACACUGCCAUCCUCUGCUGGAGACCAUGACGCACUGCUGCGCCCUGAUUGUUUAUUCUGUUAUUACCGGUACUUGUCUUGCAAUGUGAAAUGCUUGGUCUCAGAUUUUGUAAGAAAAAUAAUAAAAUUUCCCCCCAAAAU